UCUCUAUAACACAAAGUCUCUUCCCUUUCCCGCGCUCCUAUCCAAAACCCAUAAUCACCUCGCUAUCAUCAUGUCUCCCACCUCAGAGCCCUGGAAACCCUCCAGCUACAGCCCAUCCAAAACCGCCCUCCUCCUCCUAGACUACGAAAAUGCGCACGUGAACAUGAUCCAAGAUCAAGAGAGAAGAGAAAAAGUAAUCCAUUCAACGAAACAGCUCCUGACAGCAGCGCGAGAAAACAACGUCGCUAUCGUGCACUGUCUAAUGGAUACGACUAUCGACCCUCCUAAGACCAGCAAGGGCACGGAGAAAUGGCAGUCGAUGAUUAAGCCCAUGCUGACUGCUAACCCCGACAUGGUUGCUGAGUACAGUGAUUUCGCUAUCACCACUGAAACUUCUAGUAAUGGCCGCGAAAGUACUUCUCACAGGAACCCGGGUUACCUGUCCGCGCUGGUAGACGAGGGGCUUUUACUGCUGUUACGCGAGAAGCUGGGUGUGGCGCAUCUGAUCAUGAGCGGCAUAACGACGAGUGGCCCGGUCUUAGGCACGGCUACGCAUGCCACGGACCUGGACUUCGUCGUUACUGUGGUGGGUGACGCGUGCUGGGAUCCUGACGAGCAGGUGCAUCGCGCGUUGCUUGAUACGGUGAUGCCGGUUUUGGCCUGGGUUUCGACUGUUGAGGAGGCAGUUGGGCAUAUGUCUGGUUAACUUACUGGUUCUAUCUUUGUUGUGGACGGUAGGGGCCAAAAGCAAUGAUUUCAUACUUCGGGGCUGCGUUAGCAUUGCC